AUGGCAACUAUUGAGGAAUUGGCCCAUCAAAUUAUUGAACAGCAAAUAGGGGAGGUACGUGUACAUUUUUACACUAUACCGACUCAAGUUGCUAUAUAAAAAUGUCCUUAAUAAUUCAUUGUCCAUUGCUCUGGAAUAUAUUGCUUUGUUAUUUAUGUUAAAGAUGCUAAGUUGCGUUCCAGAAAAUUCUAGCAGAUGGUGAUUUUGUUUGAUAAUUCAGCAAAGAGUUACAGUUUGGAGAAAGUCAUGUUUACUUAUUACAAAGAGCUGCUUCCACUAGUUACUCCUGUGUCUGGAUACCCACCUAGCUUGAUUAUCUACAGCAGAUACAUUCCAAGUGGCUUGUAAGUAAGCCAGUUGUGUGUAUGUAAUGGCUAUUCAGAUACAGGAAUCUCUUGGGGCCAGGGGCUGAGUAACUAGGAAAUGUGCUUAAAGUGGAUCUUAAACAAGUAGCCAAUUCUUAAGCACAGCUGUCAGUGAUUCUGUUCUGUGGUUGCAGGGAAUACAAAUGUGUAGAAGGAUUGCUCUAACACAGUCUUUAACUAACACUUAUUGGAAAAAUCCACUUCUGUGGGGGAUAUUAUUUGAUAGCUAUCAACAUUGAUUCCUGAAUUAGCUUCUUGUGUGCUGCUGCAGUGAAAGAGCAAUUUGACCCAUUUGCUAUGCCUGCCAAACUUUGCUCAUGUAGUUAGUCUGCCUUGUUUUUUGUUCUAGAUAGCACAUUCCCAAGGAUCUGUCACACAAACACUAAUGGAUGGGACAGCACAAAGAAUUCAGAUUGUUCCUGCUGAUACAGGUCUCUCCUUACCCCAGCGCAUACAGGUACAGUCGGUCUAAAAUACUUAACUAGUUGAAAAAUGUGUCCUGAGCACCAUAUAACAAUAGAUUUCUGAAACAAUUGAACAAUAAAUGGAGACUCUGUGAAACUUACCCCAUUGUGCAGUUCUUCCACAACCAAAGCAUGGUGUUAUAAGCACUGGAUUUAACCCAAAUGUGAUGUUCCUCUGUGUGAGUGUGACCAAUGUCACACCCACCACCAACAUGUGAUUCUUGGAGAGGUGGCAGGCUAUAAAUAUGGCCCCUGGGCCAAAAGAUAUUGUCCUCCCGUCCCUUUUUAGAACAUUAGAUUGUUUUCCUAGAGAACCUUGGGAAGGAAGCUGAAGCCCUGAAACUUCAGGUCAAAUCUGUGAAACCUGGCAACUCUCAAGUUUGGGGUUAUAUUGUGAAUGCACACAAUACAUGCUUUAACAAGCUUUACUAAAUUAAUCUUAAUUUGUGCACUGCAGAUUGGUUUUUCACCAUUGUGGUAUCCAUGUUCCCAUAGUUCCUGGAAACAAAGGGUUAUAUGUAAUCAAGUCAAGCUCAAAGCAGACCUAUUGAAAUAAAAGGACUUGAGGUUCUUUUAUUAAUGUCUACUCCACGUGUGACUAAUGCUGAAUAUCACUCAAAAUGUAUGAAUUUAGGAGAGAUUAUAUUGUGAUCUUCUACAACUCAGUGCUUUACAAAUGAAAAUGUAUAGUGUAAAAAGCUAAAGUGUCAGAUUUCUCCUGCCAUAGUGGACCUCAUAUCACAGUCUCCAAUCCUGUGCAUACUUACCUAGGAGUAACUCUCCUUGAAAACAGAAUCGUUCUUCACAAAUGUUAUGUUAGAAUGAAUUCUGAAGAAUUCAGCAUCUAAUUUCCAAGCUGGAUGGUUGUGAAGCUUUUGUUUUUUGCAAAUUAAAUGUGGACGUGUCUUACAGUAUGGAGCACUCCUAAUUGAGUGAUCAUAACACUAGGUGAAUGAGCUAGGAUGCUGAUUCAUGUAAUAUAUGCUGCAGCUAUUGAAAACAGUUAAUAUAGUUCCAUUUUCUUUAAUCACACUUGACUACACCAUAAUUCCGCUAGACACACCUUUUAAUCAUAAGCUACCAUAACUUGAAAUAAAUGUGUCACCAGAUUGUCACAGAUCAGCAGACGGGGCAGAAGAUUCAGAUUGUUACAGCACUUGAUCAGACUGCGACAGGCAAGCAGUUCAUAUUAACAAAUCAUGAUGGUUCUACCCCAAGCAAAGUGAUCCUUGCAAGACAAGAUGCCACUCCAGGAAAGGUUUUCCUAACAACUCCAGAUGCUGCAGGAGUCAACCAACUGUUUUUUGCAUCCCCAGAUAUAUCUGCACAACAUUUUCAGGUAUGGUGUCUCAUACUGUUAGGACUUAUCAAAUUACUUUUGAGACCUAGACUUUCUACUUCAUGUUCAUCCUAGUCCUGCUUUAUAAGCUGCAGUGCAAUAUCCUGUAUGUUUUGUGGAUUGUUUUGCUGUCUUGUAAAAAAUAAUAUUGCAGGGCAUGUGUGCUUUCUUACUGGAAAAGGAAGCAAUAUUCAGAGAAAAAUGCUUUAAUUUUUUUAAGGUUCACAAAAUGCUGGUUUAUUGCUUUGAAAGGCAGCCAGUUUUAUUUAUUUAUCAUUAUUUCACUCGCUCUCCAAGCAGCUCGGAUUGUCAUCUGAGUGGCCAGCAAUUUGGCACACUUUCUCCUAUUGAGUGACAUGAUUGGUCCUAUGUCUCAUUAGUGCUGUGGUUCACUUUUUUCCUACUUAGUAUUAGAUUCAUUUAAUGCAAGGGAGAGAAAUUGGUGCCUUUCCACAUGUUCAAAUCAGACCUAGUUAGUAUGGCCUGCCUGUAGACCUACAAAGGCUACAUGAAGUCCAAUGAAUUUUGGAGGUCCACAGGUUCCCCAUCUCUGGUUUAAUGUUUUCCAAUAUAUUUAUUGCCAAAAGUAUUUCUGGAUCUUGGCCGUAGUUUAGUGUAAAAGUGCUUUUUCAUGUUCCUGCAUUUCACAGGAUCAGGCAUUUAAUUUAUAGCUAAUAAUUUAAUCCAAGAAGUUGGAGGAGCUGAGAAGUCAUUUAUUUGUUUGAUUGCUUUCAGAUUUUAACAGACAAUUCUUCCAUAGAACAGACCCUAAAUAAAGUAUUUGAUCUCUGUGUUGUUUGUGGAGACAAGGCAUCAGGUAAGUCUCUAUGUAGUUCUACUUUGCAAAAUAAUUGGCAUUUCACUCUGUAAUUUAACUGUUUUUGUCAUGUGUUUUAAACAAACCUUUUGUACUAGGACAGCAAGCAUAGUUCUGAUGUCUUACAAGUUCUUUUGAAUAUAAUCAGCCAUCAUUUGUUCAACACAACUAAUUAAGUCUUUCCUAGUAUAGUAAUUCUUGUUUUUAAUAUCUGAUUUCAUUAUAAAUUUUAAUGUAGAUAGCAUAUGUAAACUGAGAGGUUUCAAUGGUUAAGCAGUAUAUAAAAUUCUAUUAAAUAAAUACAAAUGUAAGCAAUUAAAUAAAACAUAAGACUAGUACUUCAUAAUUAAUGCAUUAUAUCAUGUAUUCAGGACGCCAUUAUGGAGCAGUGACAUGUGAAGGAUGCAAAGGAUUCUUUAAAAGAAGCAUACGAAAGAAUUUAGUGUAUUCAUGCCGUGGGACAAGAGACUGUGUGAUUAACAAGCAUCACAGAAACAGAUGUCAGUACUGUAGACUUCAGAGGUGUAUUGCAUUUGGAAUGAAACAAGAUUGUAAGUAUGAGUGUUUAUAGGUUUACUGUGGGGAGGGUGAUAAUUAUUGGAGGAUUUAAUUGCUGAUAUGUGUUCUUACCCAGUCUCCACUCAUUACAUUCAAAUUAGUAGUUGAGAAUUAAUUGAAUUUUUAGUGGCAAGAUGCUACUGAUGCUACAAAGUCUUAAAUUUAGAAUUGUCACUUUUUGCUCUGAAGUCCUGUACAUGAGUCUUCAAGUGGCAAGAGCAUAUUGGCCUUUCCCUAACAUUUUUGCUUACAGUUGAAGAUAAAAAGCCCUUCACUAUUUCUGGAAGACACUCAUACUUGGGAUUUGACAAGAUCUUCCCCACCAUCUCAUAAAAUGCUCAUGUAAGCUCAUUUUGCCCCUGUCCCCUUCCGCUCCCACCCACUUCUAGGGCCAAAAGUGUUGCGUGCGUCAGUGAUCGCAUGUGCUUUGGUCACAUACAAAACAGUUGUUUCCUGUAUAUUGUGGUUGGUCAUAUGCGGUGUAGUGGCUGUACAGUUGAGAAAGACUUCUUUUGAUUUACAGUACUGCAAUAAGCAGACAAAAUCAAAAGUAAAAAUUUCUCAAAGUGGUGGUGUUCAAACUGCCUUCCAUGUUCCUGAAUGAUCAGUAAUUUUGAACAAGCAAAAGACAGUUUACUCACCACUAUCAUCCCUCUGUGUCACCCAACCAGAGGGAUGCUUUGGUUGUAUUAAAAUACAGAUGGGGAAUCCCUUUAGUUCUACGGACCAGAUCCAUAUCAAGCUUGCCCUCACAGCCAAAUUUGACUGUUGUGUGGGACUGCCCACUCACAUGAAGUCAUUAUUACCUCACAUGAUUGACAUGGGGGUUGUCCACACACCUAUCAAAAUCCCUUGUGCAGGGUUCCAAAGUGUAUGACAGCCAGCUGCUGUUCCAUGCUGGCAAAAGGCAUGUGCAGCCAAACUCAGCAGAAUUUAACCUCCUCUCAUUAGCUAUUGAGUAGGGAUUGAAUCUUGCUGUGUUGACUCACAUGAACAGCCAAAGAAAGCCUGUAAAAGAGUUAUGUCAGUUGCUGAGCAUGGUUUGGGGAAAAUGACAUUGCGGUUAAAUUGGAUCUCCUGGCAGACCAGAUGUCCCCCAUCCUUGUGUUUUAGAGGGUGCACUCAGUUUAUCUAAGAAGACAGUGAGGCCCAAAGGGCCAGGCUAUACCCCAUAGGGACUAAAUACUUAAUCUCAAACUCCUGCAAAUUUAAACUGUUGAUUGGCAACUGUGAAUAGGAUUUCCUUGAAGGUGGAAAAUUUAAAAGCACCUGCUGGAGGGACUCUUAAACAAACUUCAGUAUUCCUGUCAAACUUACUGCUUUCUUCAAAUGAUGGUGAAUGUAUAAAUAGGCAUAGCCCUUGAAUGUUUUUGAGUAUCUGUGGGUUAACAGACAACAUUGCCAGUAUUAAAGAGACUGGAAAGUAUUUAGAGAUGAGCUGUGGGAUUAUGGAUUUCUGCCUGAAGCCCUUUUCUUCUCAUGCAUGAAUUCCUUCCAGUGAACUUAACCAUAGUUGUAUCAAGCCUAAAGUAAACGUACUAGAGUUUGGUUAUGUUUAAAGGCUAGGGGAGUUAAUACACAGGAGAGAAAGAACUGAAGGGUUGGGAGGUUCUGUCUUUUGUCUUAAAUCUCUGAUCAUGGUUAGGCGAUUGCAAGAAGUGUUUUCAGUGAACAGAAAACAAAUUUGUUAGGAUUAGUUUAUUUAAACUACAAAGUUGAUAGUAGAAAUUGAAAAGAAACUUGUUUUUAACAGCCAAUUGUGUGUGAAUUUUGGAUUGUUACUGAUAGCUCCACACCCUUUUGUAGCUGUUCAGUGUGAGAGGAAACCUGUUGAAGUAUCACGGGAAAAGUCUUCAAAUUGUGCAGCUUCUACAGAAAAGAUCUAUAUCAGAAAAGAUUUGCGGAGCCCACUUACAGCCACUCCAACUUUUGUAACAGACAGUGAAACGGCAAGGUAUGCAAAUAUGGAUCUAGAUUAAAUAGUUUUGUGGCAGUUUUUUUGGUCAUAAGCAAACAUUUUUGCCUUUUUAUUUCAGAUCAACAGGAAUGUUGGAGUCCGGAAUGUUUGUGAACAUUCAUCAGUCUGGUAUAAAAAAUGAGCCUGCAGUGUUGAUGACUCAGGAUAAGGUAUAUGAUGUAGUAACACAUUAAUGAAAUAAACUUUAGUGGAUUCACUUGUCUAAAUAUUUUGUAGUAGUAACAUUUGUUUGGCAUGCUUAAGGAAUCAAUGUUUCUUCUGUCCACCCCACCCCCCCGCUGUGUGGUCCUUUUUUAUAAAACAACAACAUUGGGGUAUGCACAGGAAAAUGUCUGCAGGUCCUUACAGCAGGGAGCAGGGCAGAGGCAGGAAGCAACCUCUCUCUUUCCUUGUGUCUUCCUUCCUUCUUUCUUUCUUCCUUCCUUCCUUCCUUCCUUCCUUCCUUCCUUCCUUCCUUCCUACCUGCCUUUAUUCAUUUAAAGAUAGAGCUAGCAAAUCAAAAUGCUUCAAACUGUGUUCUUCUGAGCCCAAUACAAUCUUUUGGGGUCACUGUGCCAUGGAUGCUUCAGUUAAACAUCUUCCUAACUAACACCCUCAACUCCAGCAAAUGCUACUAUCCACCCUUGAAGUGUACACCCUGAAAUGACAUCAACCAUGUUUCAUCUGCUUCUGUAAGAAGCCUGCCAAUCUUCCACCUCCACUCACCAGAGUUCACGAUGGGGGGUGGGGGUGGGGGGUGGAGAGUUGCUAAAAGACAAAGUUUGGCUCAGUGAGAUUGUCUAUAUUAGCCCCCAAAGCCAAAUAAGGGGGGUCGUUUUGAACUUGGGAGACAAACUUGACACUCUUCCAUUGAACUUAAGAUCUGGCAAGCACAGGGGUUUUUGCUGUCUUGUACUACCAUGGUCAUUGCCAGUUUGAAUCUUCUUUCUACAUCUUCUUAAAGACAUACUGAAAUCUUCUGUCAAAUCCCUGCUUCAGCUGUCUUUCUUAUCACUGGUAUUCAGUAACAGUCUCAGUCAGUUUUAUUGCACAUAGCCAAAGGCUGCUGCAAUGUACACAGAAUUAUUUGACAAUUAAAAGAAAAUAUACUGAAUUGGUAAAAAAAGACUUAAAACAUUUAUAUUAUUAAAACAUUACGUACUCUAAACAAAGCUAUAAAAGUACCCCAAUGUACAAAUAAAAACAUUAAACAAUAAAAUUCAUAAGCUAAAAUCAUCACAUGGUCACUAAUGUUAAAAACAAUAAUACAGUGUGCAAUUUAUACUCAGAGUUUGGUGACAAAGAUAGAACAUAGCCUGAGGUAGAUAGAUAGGAUCAAAUAAAUUCAUCUCCUUUACAGUUAAUGGCUACCUUGGCUAUAUAAUUUGCUCUAAUUUUCCUAGCAGCAGUUGCAAAAAGUGCUACCCGCCAGGUCACAUACUUAUCUGUGUCUGCAAGGAGAUAUAACAUCUUUUCAAGGUGGUUCUGGCCAGGGGACCCUGUCAUUAUAGGUAACAAAAAUCUUUUUCUUGCAUCAUUAUAUAACGGACAGUGCAAGAUAUAAUGCAUAAGGUCCUCUACUUCAGAACAUCCCCUAAUGCAAACACGUUCGUUUUUUGGUAUGCCUCUAUGUCUCCCAUCUCUAUAAGCAGAGCUUAUUGUAUUUAGUCGUAGCUCUGUAAAAGCUUUUCGAAGCUGUGCAAAAGUCAAUUCAUUAAAAUAAGAUAGUAUUCAAUAACAAGAAAGAGGGAUUUAAAAGUGGAAUAUCCUCAGUCUAGUGUUGCAAUCUUUUUGGCACAAGGCAAAACUGUUGUUGUUUCCCCAGGCAUUUUAAUCUGCUGGAAGUUACUGCUUUAUUACUGUUCUACUACAGUCAUUGAUGAUACGCUACCCUGAAGUUGGGGGAAGUUGUUUUAACAUGUAUUAACCAAUAUGUUGGGGGACGCGGGUGGUGCUGUGGGUAAAACCUCAGUGCCUAGGACUUGCUGAUCGUAUGGUCGGCGGUUCGAAUCUCCGCGGCGGGGUGAGCUCCUGUCGUUCGGUCCCAGCUCCUGCCCACCUAGUAGUUCGAAAGCACCCUUAAGUGCAAGUAGAUAAAUAGGUACCGCUUUAUAGCGGGAAGGUAAACGGCGUUUCCGUGUGAUGCGCUUGUGCAGGCUCGCCAGAGCAGCUUCGUCACGCUGGCCACGUGACCCGGAAGUGUCUCCAGACAGCGCUGGCCCCCGGCCUCUUAAGCGAGAUGGGCGCGCAACUCCAGAGUCGGUCACGACUGGCCCGUACGGGCAGGGGUACCUUUACCUUUACCUUUAACCAAUAUGUUAUCUGAAAGUAUUUAUAAAUAAGAGCUUGUCUUUUUAGUGAUUACCAAUUCUGCAAUAGAUAUGCUUGCAAAUGAGAUCUCUUCUCUAAUAAUUUAGUAUGGGUUCCACUGUAAGAUUAAUUGUUGUGUUAAAAAACAUUAACUCUUCGCUUCCUUCUUAGGUUGAAACAUGUCAAGGAGAUUUAAGUACUUUAGCAAAUGUGGUCACAUCAUUGGCAAGUCUAAGCAAGUCCAAAGACAUGCCCCAAAGUAGUCCCGAGCUGUCCAUGAUAGAAAGCUUAAGCAAUGGAGACGCAUCACUGUCUGAACUUCAGCAAGAUGAACAUGCAAGUACCGAUGUUACAAGGUAAAAGAAUGGUUGCAUAUGAAAGUAGUAAAUGGUCUGACAAAAACAUAGGAACAAUAGUAGGCACUUUAGCCUCCAGUAGUAAGUGUGAUAAUAGCAUAAUGAACAUCAGCUAUUUACAGGCAUGUUCAGAUGCUUUAAUCAGCCUAAAUAUAUAGAGUCUAACACAAGAAUCUGGUUCAGACCCACAUAUUGUUAGGCAGAGAUAUGCAUUCAUGUCCUCUCAGGAUCCCUUCCCUCUUUUCUUGGUACACUGUGAUUCUGCACUUACUGGAUUAAUUAACCAUAUGUUUCAGUUACACCUGAAUUGAGAAAAUGUGGUUACCAGAACAAGCCAAGACUGUAAAUCACUCUUUGAAAUUGGUUUAAGAUUCUGACUUGUUCUGAUAUGGUAACCAUAGUUUCCGGGUCUUAUUGUACUAUUUUAUUGUUGUUAGCUGCCCUGAGCCCGGCUUCGGCUGGGGAGGGCGAGAUAUAAAUAAAAUUUAUUAUUAUUAUUAUGGCUUGAAAGAAAUAAUUCCAACUUCUUAAAAUACAGUAUUAAUUUGUAAUUAUACAAAUCGCUUUUUAUAAAGCUGGCUGUGGAGAAAGAGUGCUGGUUAUAUGUCACUGUUCUUAUUUCUGCCAAUGAUGCCCCAGAAGGGACUUGUGCAAUAGGAAAGAAUGAUUUUAAUAAUGUGAAUUAUCAGCAUCUUGGUGGUGCCUGUUUACCCAGGCCCCAACACUUUGUGAUAUCCCCCCUUAAAAAAGCCAAAAGAAACCAAAUCAAAAACCAUUCAUUUAGUGGCCAUGCCUUGAGAACCAUACAAGUGGGCAGCAUUACUCUUGCUUCAGGACUGGAGAUUCCUGGGAACCACAGGCAUGUUGAUACUCAUUCCUGCUUUAAUUUGGUUUAAUGUGUGUUUUCUGGGCCUGAAAUGGUUUUGUUUUGUUUCACUAUCCUAUCCAACUUGACUGAUCUUACGUUUUCCAUAUAUUAUUUCUAGGGCAUUUGAUACUCUUGCAAAAGCACUAAAUCCAGGAGAGAGCGCAUCGUGUCAGAGUUCUGCAGAAAGUAUGGAAGCCAGCGCACGUUUGGUUGGUGAAGAAGCCAGCAUGAAUAUUGUUGAAAUAGAAGGCCCACUUCUGAGUGACGCUCAUGUAGCUUUCAGGGUACUUAAUUAUUAUUUAUAACCCCAGGCUAUUUAACUUUUGUAGAGACAAAUUCAAACCUGUUAUGUGAUCUUUUUAAAGAAUUAACAUUUGAGGAAUAUACUUUGGUGGUCAGCUGACACUUGUUUCAGAUAAUACGUGAUUGUCAACUACUCUGGUUGUGCAGUAUUGUUACAUACAAGGGAUAGAAGGUUCCUGGGGGAAGCAUCUGUGUACAGAAACUCCUGUUUACUUGGAGAAAGAGCUUUUUCGUGUGUUUAGGGUGAGGAAGGUCAGCAAGAGAGCAGAGAGUUCAAGGAAAGGUUUCUGGGGGAAGCAAAUACUUAGAGGAAUAGGAAUGUGUCUGAAGAGAAGCUCUUGGGCAUACUUGGGGUGAACGGGGUCAUUGAGAGAAAAAACCCUCCUUUUUUUUAACUAGAUGGUUUUGUCAAUUCUAUCAAAGUAGAUAAGCCUGCUUGUAGUUUAUUUUCAAAAGGGCUGCACUGAAACUUUUGCUGCUUUUACGUUUGAAAAUCAUUCAUUUAUCUAGGGCAAAUUGUAGAGCACAUUAAUGUAUCAUGAAGUUUUCCAGUCCUGCAUUUUUAAUAUUAUAAUAAGCAUUUUUCAUUUUCUUUGAGGUUUUCUGCUAUAUUAUUAAUAUCUGUAUUCUUUGAGACAUGGCAAGUCAUUAAUUGUUUUAAACUAUACUUUUGUGACAGCUUACCAUGCCUUCCCCUAUGCCUGAGUACCUGAAUGUUCAUUAUAUUUGUGAAUCGGCUUCCAGAUUGCUCUUCUUAUCUAUGCACUGGGCACGUUCUAUUCCUUCCUUCCAAGCUCUGGGGUGAGUAUUGAAAAAAAUCACUUAAUGUAACCAAGGUUUCAAAACUCUUGGGAAUGGAUGUAAACUUCAUUUUGCAAAAAGUUUGCCAUUUUAUCUUUAAAAAUAUUAGAUGGAGGCCAGUUGGCAUUCUUACUCUCAUGGAAUGACUGUGGAUUCACAGACACCUCUUCUACCUCAAGAGGUGGGGAGUUUUUGCUGACUCUCAGUGCCCCCUGAAAAUCAGCUCCAGAGGGUUGGGAGACCUUGAGGAACAGAAUGGAAGGUGGUGUGGCAACUUGCAACUUAGUCAUGCUUUUAUUUAUAAACUUUAUGUGCUUGAUUCCUGUGUUGGUCAAAUAUUCAGUGCUCAAAGACUUCAAUACAAAUAUCACCAGGGCCAAGAGUGGCAACCCAACUAAAUAAAUAUUUACAUGAUUCAAAGCCCUGCCUAUAGUAAAGGUAAAGGGACCCCUGACCAUUAGGUCUAGUCAUAGAAUCAUAGAGUUGGAAGAGACCACAAGGGCCAUUGAGUCCAACCCCCUGCCAAGCAGGAAACAGUCGUGACCGACUCUGGGGUUGCGGCGCUCAUCUCGCUUUAAAAGCCCUUCCUAUACAUUCCAUUCUUUUCUGCAGUUAGGAAAUCUGAGUGUGAUCAGAGUUUUCAUGUUAGGUAUGGCAGGAAAUUAGGUUUCAUAGUGAGAGAGGUCUUGUCUGUCUGUUGUUGGGAGCCGGUUGAAGCUAAAUCCUUCGAAGACAGAGGUCCUCUGGCUGGGACGGGACGAUAUGGGAUUGAGGAGGCACCUCCCAUCUCUUGCGGGGGUGCAAUUAGUGCCAGCACCGUCCGUUAAGAGUUUGGGUGUAAUCUUCGAUACCUCCCUCUCCAUGGAGGCGCAGAUUGCAGCUAUAACAAAGGCGGCAUUUUUUCAUCUCCGCCAAGCUAAGCAGUUGGCUCCUUACCUCUCUCGCCCUGACCUAGCCACUGUGAUCUACUCGACGGUCACCUCCAGACUGGAUUAUUGUAACUCGCUCUACGUGGGGCUGCCCUUGAGACUGACCCAGAAACUCCAGCGGGUGCAGAAUGCCGCGGCGAGACUCCUUACGGGGUCUUCGCUGCGAGAUCACAUUCAUCCGGUGCUAUACCAGCUGCACUGGCUCCCGGUGGAGUACAGGAUCAGGUUUAAGGUGCUGGUUUUAACCUUCAAAGCCCAAUACGGCCUAGGACCCUCGUACCUACGGGACCGCCUCUCCUGGUAUGCCCCACAGAGGAACUUACGGUCUUCAAAUAAAAACAUCUUGAAGGUCCCAGGCCACAGAGAGGUUAGGCUGGCCUCAACUAGAGCCAAGGCUUUUUCGGCUGCGGCUCCAACCUGGUGGAACGCUCUGUCACAAGAGACAAGGGCCCUGCAGGACUUGACAUCUUUCUGCAGGGCCUGCAAGACAGAGCUGUUCUACCAGACCUUUGGUCAGGGCACAGCCUGACUCUCUCCUUUGGCAAUCUUUACAGAACUUUAGUUUAUGGUUGCCAUCAAUUUUGAUUUUAAUGAAUUUUUAUAAUGUUUUUAUAAUGUUGCACUAUUUUAGUGUUGUUAGCCGCCCUGAGCCCAGCUUCGGCUGGGGAGGGCGGGAUAUAAAUAAAAUUUAUUAUUAUUAUUAUUAUUAUUAUUAUUAUUAUUAUUAUUAAUUGUGUUGAAUACUUGUGACUACAUGCACUAUGGCCUGGUUCACACGUUACACUAAGCCAGACCAUGGGUUUGCAUGAAUGUGUGCUUUUGGUGAGGAGCUUGCUGCUUUGCUGUGCUGAGCUAAGCUAAGCCAGUUUAGCUGCGUGACAUGUGAACCAGGCUUGUAUUGAACUGAACCAAACAGUUCCAUUAAUAUAGUUCUACUUCUUUUUAAUAGGCAGGAUAACAGCAUAUCAUUAGUGAAAGCCUGCUGGAAUGAACUUUUUACACUUGGUCUUGCACAGUGUUCACAAGUAAUGAACGUAGCAACUAUAUUAACGGCAUUUGUUAAUCACCUUCAUAAUAGUUUACAACAAGGUAAGAUACAUUGUUACAAGUCUCAGAAUUGGUAUGGAUGGGAACAUUGACUUGCUUUGUCAUUGAUUGAUCGCUACUGAAAUAAAUGCAUUUUCUUAUAUUCAUUUUGUGCCUUUCCCUUUACUUGUGGAAACAGCUCUAAUCUUUACACACAAAUCAACCCUCUCACAGAGGGUUAACAGAUAUACAUUAACAGAUUCACAUAACUAAGACAGUAAGAGCCCCUAUUUGCAAUGUUUUGUAUUCACUUAGAUAAACUGUCAGCAGAUAGAGGAAAACUAGUGAUGGAGCAUAUCUUCAAACUGCAGGAGUUCUGUAACAGUAUGGUGAAGCUUUGCCUUGAUGGUUAUGAAUACGCUUAUUUGAAAGCAAUCGUCCUCUUCAGCCCUGGUAUGUAAAAACAAGAAACUAAAACCUUUGGCCUUGUUCAUUCAGUCUCUUGCUAUGUUUACCAGCUUGCCCUUGGAGCAGAUGUGCUUAGCUAUUUUACUUUGAAUUGUACCAUCUAAGUAGACCAGGCUGGGUUAUUUGUGCUAAAACUAAGUGCUUCUGGGAUUUUUUGUCUGAUUUCAUGUUGGGUGUGAUUUUUUAUUGCCAUAGCUUGCCCCCUUUGGGGACAUUUCAUUUAGUGUUGCCAGUUAACAUUUCUACAUGAAUCCACUGUGUGGAUCAUAGUUUGGAUGGUGUCAUGUCACCAGUAUGCAGAUGAUACCUACGUAGUUCUACAUCUUAUUAACUUAAGCACUCAUGAACAACUAUGUCUAUUUUACAUCAAUUUCUGGAGUAUAUGGAUAUGGUUAAACAAACUUAAAUGAAUCCCAAAAAAGAUAGAUAGGUUUGAUGCUGUUAGGUAAUUAAUGCUGUUAGGUAAUUGUAGUGGUCUAGAUGGCGUGGCAAUCAGCCCAUCUGUGGUCUGUGAUGGUUGGGGUGGCAAUCAGCCCAUCUCAGCAGGUGUCCACUGCAAGCAUCCACCUAUACCAUCUGAAAAGCUUGCGAUACCCCCUUCAGCAGUAGUGCAUGAGAGCAUUCUCAUUGAAAGAGAACUUUGUCUCUUCCUGUUUGAACAGAAGCAUUUUUUUGCUUAACUUGCGAUGGGUGGGUUUAAUCCUGCUUAUAUCUAAUGUUCUAGCUUUUUGGGGGGAUGGGCACAAGAAAAACAGGUGCUAUAUAAUAUUUUAUUAUUGCAAUAAAAUUGCUUGUUUAUUUACAGCUUUUAUUUAUUUUUACCAUUUUAUACACUAAUACAAUCAUAAAGACAAUUCAGGAAAAGAGAAGAAACAAAAUAGACCAAGUGUCCAUUGUAUGAUUCUAAUAAAGCUGCUUUGCAGUUCGUAGUUUCAGCAUUCAGCAGAUACUGGACAAUUUAAGGAGCAAAAUUUGUUUUCAUGUUGGGUUGUAAAAGAAUAUCUGCCGUUAUGUGUCCUUUGCUGCCUUUUAUGUACAUCUGAUUUGCAGUCGAUUUAACAACAUACUUUAUUUUAGAUCACCCUGGCUUAGAAAACAUUGUACAGAUCGAAAAAUUUCAAGAAAAAGCAUAUAUGGAAUUUCAGGAUUAUGUAACAAAAGUAUAUCCAGAUGAUACUUACAGGUAUAUAUAUAUACACGCAUAUCUGAUUUUUAAAAAUGUUUCCUUUCAGAGUUGUAUUAAUUCAGGAAACUUCUGGGAACUAGUUUUGUGUUUAAAGUGUGAGAAUGUAUUUUCUUUAAUGGUAGGUUGUAAUUUCUCUAGAUAAUGCUAUUCCUUCAUACUUUGCAUAUAUGAAAUAAAUAGUAGCUGUAAGCUUUCAUUUCUAGUUAAAGCUCCAUUAUUGUGUUUGCUUCAAAGUGGCAGGUCCUGAAGUUGCAAACUUAACAAAAAGGGUUUGUUCGUUCUUCUGGUUAUACGUAGUCUGAUUAAAAUCAGUAGGGUUUCCUAGCCUGUUGUCUGGUUUUAUAAGCCACUGGCAAAUGUUUAAAGGACAGAGCACUCAGCUCAUUUUGGCAGGAGGGAACAAAUGAUACCCUUGCAUGAGUGCAUGGAUCAGCCCCAUAUGCAGAUAUUUCUUAACACACCAUAUAUUUUGCUUACUAAUACAGCUGACUAUUGUUUUUUGAAUGUAAAGUUGUGUUACCCUUUUGUCAAACAUGUCUUCCAGGCUGUCUAGGCUGCUUCUCAGAUUGCCUGCUCUGAGACUGAUGAGUGCUGCUAUAACAGAAGAACUGUUUUUCGCAGGACUAAUUGGAAAUGUUCAGAUUGACAGCAUCAUACCAUAUAUUCUAAGAAUGGAGACUGCAGACUACAAUUCUCAAAUAAUUGGUCAUGCUGUAUAA